CUCUCAUUUUAAAAAUUGAUCACAUUUAGUACUCAUUUAAUUUGAGCUUCAAUGUUGGUGGUGAUGUGUAGAAAAAUAUGAAAAAUAACGGUGAUGUGGAAUUUUAUUAGAGCUUACUGCAUAGUAGUUGAGAUCUUUUGUUUUGUGAAAGCUCAAUCGUCGUUUAAUCUUCGCACAGUGUCGUUUAACCCGUCUGGUAACAUUCCGCCGAAGGUAGCUUUUACACGGUGGCAAUAACAGGACGAUAGAGGUCAGGGUCACAAAAACCCCGUUUCAGGCUCAUCUAUCAAACGCGUUUAAAUCCAACGCCUUAACUCGCGUUAAUCCAUUUUAUUUUUUUAAUCGAAAACGAAAGAAACCAAACACAAACAAAACCGAAUUAUCCCAACAAACCUUUCAAACCCAUAAUCGCUUAUAAACAAUGACGGAGGAUAGCAGCGUUAGGGUUUCUUCUUCCGAAGAAGCUUCGCAAACAAGACAGAGAAAAAAGAGAAAAUGGGAUCAACCAGCAGAGUCAUUGGUACCAGUUGGGAUGUCAGUCCCUGGAGUUCUCCCUUUGAGCAAUGCUGUGCCACUUGGUGGGGUUGCAUUUCCAGGUGUGACUCCAGUGAUCUCGGGUGCUCUUUUCACAAAUCCAUUGGCAGCUGCAGUCAUGCUUCAGCAGCAAAACAGCUCUUCCGUAACUGCCCAAAAAUUGAAUCAACAAAAGAUCCAAGAUGAGUUGGUAAUUGCUCGAGAAAUCGUCAUAAAUGAUGCAGAAUCUUCUAUUCGUUACAAGUUGACAAAACGUCAAACACAAGAGGAGAUCCAGAGGUGCACUGGUACUAUAGUUAUAACUAGGGGAAAGUAUCGACCGCCCAAUGCGCCACUCGAUGGAGAGAAGCCAUUGUAUCUCCACAUCUCUGCUGGAGCUCAUAUAAAAGAUACGGCGGAGCGAAUUUUAGUUGUUGAUCGUGCUGCUGCGAUGAUUGAAGAAAUGCUAAGGCAGGGGCAAAAUUCACAGUCAGUUUCCUCUGCCUCACCUUCACCUUUGGCUAAUGGAGUAAAGGUACUGUGCACAUGUGUGUUUUUGGGCUUUGAUGCUGACCCAUCAUGGAACAUUGUUGCCCGUAUACGUGGACCAAAUGACCAGUAUAUAAAUCACAUUAUGAAUGAAACAGGAGCAACAGUAAUACUGAAAGGAAGUGGUUCAGGAAACGAUGAAGGCUCAAAUGGAGAAGAAGAACAGCAGCCUAUGCACCUGUUUUUGUCUAGUAACAAUGCAAAAAGCCUUGAAGAUGCUAAGUACUUGGCUGAAAAUCUUUUGGAUACAAUAAGUAUGGAAUGUGGUGCUUCGAGGGUUUCAUCAUGUAAAGUUUAUAGUGCUGUUCCACCUCCACAGCAGGUAUAUACAGCUGCUCCACCUCCACAGCAGGUAUAUACGGCUGUUCCAUCACCCCAGCAGGUUUAUAGUGGCCCUUCUUUGUCCAAGCAGAUUUCUACUGCCAUUUCACCCCCACAACAAGUUUAUAGUGCUGUUCCACCCCCACAUCAGUUGAUGGGUGGAGUUCAGAGUUUUGGAAUUGAUCGAGAGGCAAGCACAGGCGCAGGCACUAGUUCAAUGUCAUCAACUGCAGUUUUGACACCAGUUCCUCCAGCUUCCUUGGUUGGAGUGCCUAGUGUCAUCACUGCCAUCACUUCAGGGACUACACAACAAUCUACAGGAUAUCUAAGCCUAGGUCCUCAAGCAAACAUGAUUGGUUACACUCCUCCUUUAGUAUCAGGUGGCACUAGCUAUAUUGGAUAUGGUGGAAUAUAUCCUCAAGCUACCCCAUUGCAACAAGUUGCCCUUGCCCUGAAACACUCGCCUCCCGUUGCUUCAACCGUUGCUCCCACAACGUCAGCAUCAAACAGAGAAUUCAAAUCAACCACAAGCUCUGAUUAUGAAAAAGAGGAUAAACGGCCACCUCAGAGGCGGAAGUUUCAAGAAUUACCAGUUGUUUCGAAGAGCACAAAACUCAAUCAGGUAUUUUCUCUGACCUUCUAUGAAGCUAAUAUGCUGACACUGGACCUGUCUGUUGGGCCGUUGGUUUGUAUGUUUGACAGGGUUUUCAGUUUUUUAGGGUUUACAUGUGGCUUCACAAUAAAUGCCCUUGCCAGUCCAAACAUUAUUCUGAUUUUUCUCUUCAUUGUUUAAGUUGCUGCAAGCUUGGGGCUUUGCCCUCCAAUCCUGCAUAUAUGGACUCUAAAUUUCUUCAGAAAAGAGAUAGGGGAAAAAAUAUAACUAGAGAAUGAUAUAUCAACAUCACAAUCAUAGAAAUGAUAAGGGUUCUUUAAUUUUAGGUUAUCCAUUGAAAGGUCACUCUUGAACAUCCAAUAUUUUUAUAGCCUAGAUACGGUCAACGGCAUCUUAAACAAAACAUCUCACAUGAAAUUCCUUUUCAUGUUACAUUAUAAUUAUAUUAAUUAGCUAUUUAAACUGUUUUCGUUGUACAAAUUUUCCUUUCGUCUAUUAUCAUCUGUGUGACAUUAAUUCAUGUCAUAGAAUGAUAGUUCAUCCUACCCUAUAUUAUUUUGCAUUGUUCUCUGUAUUUAUUUUCACUUUUAUUUUUUAUAGUUCAGAGUCUCAAUUGACUUGUAGUUUGGUGUGUUGGAACAAUUAGUAAAAUAUCUGACUCAGCAGUUGUGUUUGGAUUUUUGUUCUGUUCCAUUCUAACUCAAUUGCAGGGGUCGGAACUUCUAAAACCUAACAAACGAUCUGAUGACUUGGUUGUGAGGAAUAUAUCGACUAUGCCUGCUCCUAAGAAGUUGAUCCAGCCACCGUCCAGUGGAAUUCUACCACCCCCACCAAGAAAAAUGCCUCCACCACCUCCUCCACAAAGAACUAUGCCCCCACCACCUCCUCCACCUAAGUUUUAUGAUCGAACUGACGUUAAA